AUGGAGAACCAGAGAAAUAUUUCUGAAUUCAUUCUGUUGGGACUUUCUUAUGAUCAAAACAUACAAAUAUUUUGCUUUGCCCUCUUCUUAACCUGUUAUGUUGCUCUUUUGGUGGGAAACCUGCUGAUCCUUAUCUCCAUUAGAUGCAGCCCUCUUUAUCACCAACCAAUGUACUAUUUCCUUAGCCAGCUGUCUUUUAUGGAUGUCUGCUUUACCUCCUGUGUGACUCCUAAAUUCAUUGGUGACCUACUAGUGAAGAAGAAAACCAUCUCCUAUGGCAACUGCAUGUUACAGGUCUUUGCCAUGCAUUUCUUUGGAAUGGUUGAAGUCUUAAUCCUUACAGUCAUGGCCUUUGAUCGUUAUGUAGCCAUCUGCAAGCCUCUCCACUACAUGAUUAUCAUGAACAGAACAAAGUGCCAUUUCUUAGUUUUAGCUGCUUGGGUUGGUGGGGCCGCCCAUUCCUUUCCCCAAUUUUCUAUUGCAAUCCUAUUGCCCUUCUGUGGUCCUAAUGAAAUUGAUCACUACUUUUGUGAUAUUUUUCCUUUGCUAAAAGUUGCCUGUACUGACACCUACAUCAUUGGUGUCCUUGUGCUUGCCAAUUCAGGAGUUGUCACGUUAGUGGUAUUUAUGGUUUUAUUUGUUUCUUAUGUAGUGAUAUUAUUCACAUUAAGACAUCAUUCAACUGAGGGAAGACGUAAAGCCCUCUCGACAUGUGGGUCCCAUAUCACUGUGAUAGUUAUAUUUUUUGGACCUGCAAUCUUUUCUUACCUUAGACCUCCAACCAUUUUUCCUGAAGAUAAAGUGCUUGCACUAUUUUACACUAUCAUCGCCCCUAUGUUCAAUCCCUUAAUCUAUACUUUGAGAAAUACUGAGAUGAAAUAUGCUAUGAGAAAAGUCUGGUGUCCAUCAUGA